CUGGCCCUUAGCCCUUCGCCGCAGCCGUCCUGAUGGGGAGGCCGCCUUCCUACAUCCAGACCCUCCAGAAGCCUUCCUGUUUGAAAAAAGGUCACUGAGGAAAUUAUUAAGCACCUAUUUGGUGCCAGAGGCUUGAGAGGCAUAACUGUUCCAGUAUAAUUUCCACGAGAUCUUAGCCUGAGAGAAUUGACUUUGCAAAAAGAGACAUAUCCAUCAAGAAAGAAGAGUAUAUCCUAAGAGAGUUGUUGACCUUCCAAAACUGACAUAUUUUUAGACCUCUGAACCUAUUUACAAAAGCUGUUUAAAAUACAGUAUUUUAUUCUUUACUUAUAGGAUUCUGGUACUUUAGGAAGUGAAUUAAGAACUGCUGACCUUAAAUGUUUUGCAAAUUCACUAGAAUUACACUGUAAGAACAUUCAUGUCUUGGAAAUACUUGGAAAUACUUGGAAAAGUCAGAACAAAAAAAGAACUUUGACACUAUGCAUCAGAAAGCCAAAUUCUUCCUCCAAACUCUGAGGUUUGGUAUUGCUCGCCAUGGAAAAUACACGCAACAGCAGCAUGAUCACCAACAGUUCAUUGACUGUUGUCCUUGGAUAAAAGUGAGAAAAUAUCACAACUUUAAGUGUUUGCAAAAUAAAUGCAAGAAAUCUAUAUCAGCAAGAACCAUCACAAGCCGGAGAUUCUCCUAUAUGGACCUUCUGAAUAUGGAACAAGAGAACACAAAAUCUCUUUUAAUAAAUUACUUGGACUCAAUGGAAAAAUUCAAGAAGAAAAUAGAAGCAUCUUAUGACAAAUACUCACUCAUUAUGGACAACUUAGAGAUUCAAUUUGGUGAUUUUCUUUACUAUGAAGAAAAUGGUUGCAUACAACGUUUAAAACUUGGAGAUGGUAUUAACAGUUGUGAAGUUUUAGUCCGUUUGGAAGAGCUUUCAUUAUAUAAUGCCUUUGUUGAACGUAUCAGGAUUUCUCCAGGGGAGGAGUACAUGGCAGCCAGCAUAAAAACCUCAUAUUCUGAAGAUUCUACGUGUGUAAUUGUUAAGCUUGGCAAGUAUCCAGAAGUAGAGGACUUCAUUCCCAAUGUGUUCAGUUUUGAAUGGGCUACAGAUGGCAUUUUAUUCUACACUUGCCAGAAGAACCUUCGGUGUUGUAAUGUAUUUCGGACUAGCUUUGGAAAUAAAAAACAUACCGAAUGCAUCUACACAGAACAAGACCCAAGAUUUUUUGUGGACCUUCAUUGUACAAGCGACAAGUGCUUCCUCACCAUAAAUAGUAACAGCAAGACUACUUCUGAAGUAUGGUUGGUGGAUUGUCAUCAGCCUUGGAAUCUACCAGUCCUUGUCCAAAAGAGAAAUUCUGGGAUUAUGUACCAUAUUGAGCAUAGAAAUAAUGAGUUAUAUAUUCUCACAAAUUUUGGAGAACCUGCAGAAUACAAGUUAAUGAAGACUUCAAUAAAUUCCUGUAGUAUGAAGAAUUGGCAACUGAUUUAUACAUUGAAGAGGAAAACCAAACUUAUUGACUUGGUGAUGUUCAAGGAUCACUGUGUUAUAUUUCUAAAGUACUGCAAUCAACUUUAUCUCAAUAUAAUUUCCUUAAAUGAUCAUUCCAUUCAGUCUCUUAAGCUCCCUGUGUGGGCCUGUGCAUGCCAGCUGGACACCCAGCCAGAAGACAGCAGUAGCAGUGCCUGCUCUUUUCAGCUCUCCUCUCCUGUGCAUCCUCCAAGACAAUUUAUAUAUAAUUUAGUAAAUGGCAGUCUCUACAAGCAAGCUGAGCAAGAAGAACCCAUCAUAACAGAUUGUCACAUGGCACGUUUAGAAGCAAAAAGCAAGGAUGGAACUUUAGUGCCAGUGACAAUAUUCUAUAAAAAAAAUUCUGAGAGCUUACAGAAAAGACCUCUUCUUAUCCACGUAUAUGGGGCUUACGGGGUAGAUCUAAACAUGAAUUUCAAAGCUGAAAAUCAAGUGUUAAUUGAAGAUGGAUGGAUAUUAGCAUAUUGCCAUGUUAGAGGUGGAGGUGAAUUAGGCCUUAGUUGGCAUGCUGGCGGCUGUCUGAACAAUAAGCUCAAUGGCCUUGCUGACUUAGAGGCUUGUAUAGAGUUCCUUCACAAUCUUGGAUUUUCUGAACCUGUGUUUACAGCCCUUACAGCUUAUAGUGCAGGAGGUAUACUAGCGGGAGCAUUGUGUAAUGCCAACCCCAGGCUCAUCAGGGCUGUAGUUCUACAGGCACCUUUUCUGGACAUUCUCAAUACCAUGCUAGACCCACAGCUUCCUCUGACCAUAGAAGAACUAGAAGAGUGGGGAGACCCUUCAUCUGAUAACAGAUAUAUGGACUACAUAAAAAGUUACUGCCCUUACCAGAACAUCAGGCCACAGACUUAUCCUUCAAUUAUAAUCACAGCCUAUGAAAAUGAUCAACGUAUACCUGUAGAGGGAAUAUUAAAAUAUACUCAGAGACUCAGAAAAGUUAUCACAGAUCAAAGACACAGCAGAGGAAGAAAGAUGCCUAAUAUUAUUUUAGAUGUUCAGGCUGGAGGAAACCAUGCUGCAGCUUCUUGGGAGGACUUAGUAACUGAGGUUGCCAAACAUCUUGCUUUUCUGUACAAGGAGCUUGGACUUGGUGACACUGGUCCCCCCAACUAACAACCAUUUGAAAUGCUGAAAUAUGUCUCAUGCAGCAGCAUUGCGUGUUCCAGAAAUGUAGGGAUAAAUUACAAUCUCACACUAUUUAGGGGUCAGCAGAGCUCAGUAAGUCAGUUUGUGGCAUUCUUUGGAAUUCUUUCAGCCAUCAAAGCCUUGUCUCUGCCUAGACCAGUAUUUCACACUCCCUGUCCACUGUUGUCCAGAAGCACCCAUGCCCAGCUCUCUCUGUCUUCAGCUCUCGUCUCCUUUCUUAGAGGUGGUCUUAUACUAGAUCGGUGGUUCUCAACCUUUCUAAUGCCGUGACCCCGCAAUACAGUUCCUCAUGUUGCGGUGACCCCAAACCAAACAAUUAUUUUGGUGGCUACUUCAGAAUUGUAAUUUUGCUACAGUUAUGAUUCGGAAUGUAAAUACCUGAUAUGCAUUAUGCGUUCUCAUUGCUACAAAGUGAGAAGUUGAGAACCGCUGUUCUAGAGGAAGGUGGCAAAGGCAGGCUGAGAAAGAGGAAAGGUUGGGGGUUCAUUGGUUGGUUGGUUGGUUUCUGUGCCUUUAGGCAAUUGGAACAAAAUAAAAUUCUUCACGUUGAAAUUAAUAAAGUAAUGAAAACAA